AUGAUGCAGAAGUGUAACUGUAACCCCGACCCACUUGGGUCUCGGGAUCUGUUGUGGUUUGCCGCCGCGGUUGCUGCUCAAGCGUUUGGAGUUUGCUCGUGUCCAGCACCGAGUCAAAUGCAAGUUCCAUCUGGGUAUGGGUUGCCUCAUCAAAACUAUAUGGCCCCGUCAGGACAUUACUCUCAAGGACCUGGGAAAAUGACCUCAUUGCCAUUGGAUAACCAGUGUGAUAAUUACUAUUCUCGUCCGUAUACAGUACCAACACAAAAUGUGGGGACUCCCAGCUCAGCAAACCAACCAGGAGCACAGCAGAUGUAUGGCAGAGGUCCCCCUGCCCCUCACAUGGGGGGAUCCACUCCAGGAUCUUUCCAAGGAGCUCCGGCCUCAGCAUCCCAUUCAUAUACGAGUGCCUCCCAGCCCUAUUCCUCUUUUGGGAAUCGCUACAGUAGUCCAGCCACAUAUCCUGCCAGCUCUUGUGCUUCUCAGGGCUACCCCUCCACGUGUAGUCAUUACCCUGCCUCAACUGUUUCUAGUGUUGUCUAUCCUAAUGUUUCAUAUCCCUCACUGCCUGCCAGUGAGCCGUAUGGGCAAAUGUUUACCUCACAGAGUGCUUCGUCUGCCAGGCCAGCUAAAGAUUCGUAUUCUGGCCCCAGCACAGCUGUUACCUAUCCAUCCCGACCUCCACCUCCACCUUCCCAGCAUCACCAGCAGCAGCAGCAGAGUCAUUCAGGAUAUAGUUCUGUACCGUGGUCAGCUCCCGGCCUUCCUUCCACCCAAGACAAUCUUAUCCGAAACCAAAUGGGAUCCCUGACUCCAGCCAACAACCACCCUUCAAAUAAUGAAAAUGUCCAGCCUCCCAAGUCCAGCUCCGUAGUGUCCACAGUCUUGCCAGGACCCUCAUCAUCAAGAAUGCCUCCUGCUCCGAGUCACCCGGUUGGGCCUUUGCCCUCAGCUCUACCACCCCCAGAGCAAAUGCAGACCAAAGUCAGGUUUCCAGUACCUAGCCAUGCUGGAUGUGGCAAGUGGCGCCUGAACAGAGACCCUGGACUAUGGGGAACUUGCAUCGGUCGGAUGAGGGAACGCCCCCCAGAGAAGUUCGCAAUUAAAGGCAUGCAGUAUGGUGACUAUGUUAAUAAUCAAGCUAGCUCCACACCAACUCCCUUGUCAUCAGCUUCCGAUGAUGAGGAAGAGGAGGAUGAGGAUGAGGAAGCAGGUGUUGACAGCUCCUCUACCACAAGCAGUGCUUCGCCCUUGCCCAACAGCUACGAUGCCCUGGAAGGAGGCAGCUACCCAGAUAUGCAUUCUUCUUCAGCAAGCAGCCCUGCUCCUGAUCGUGCCCUGGAACCUAACCCCACCCUCGCCCAGGCCCUGUCUGCAGCUCCUACUCCCACUGCUUCUCACCCCACGAAGGUGGCAAAGCCAUUUGGCUAUGGCUACCCAACUCUUCAACCUGCUUAUCAGAAUGCAGCACCACCUCCAAGCUCUGGCGGACAUCCCGGUGGCCCAGGGUAUUCUGGGUAUCCGCAGCAUUACCCGGGUGUGAACCAGCUGUCCUCCAGUUUAGGAGGACUAAGUCUACAGAGUUCUCCACAGCCAGAAAGCCUCAGACCUGUGAACCUCACCCAGGAGAAGAACAUCUUACCUCCGACUCCUAUUUGGGCUCCUGUGCCUAAUCUGAGUACAGAGCUCAGCAAGUUAAACUGUAGCCCAGAUUCAUUCCGCUGCACCCUGACAAAUAUCCCACAGACACAGGCUUUACUGAAUAAAGCUAAGCUUCCCUUAGGAUUGCUGUUACACCCCUUCAGAGACCUGACGCAAUUGCCAGUGAUAACGUCAAACACUAUUGUGAGGUGCCGAGCGUGUCGGACGUACAUCAACCCCUUCGUGUCCUUCAUUGACCAGCGUAGGUGGAAAUGCAACCUGUGCCAUAGAGUUAAUGAUGUUCCCGAAGAGUUUCUGUACAACCCGCUGACUCGGUCUUAUGGAGAACCUCACAAACGGCCGGAAGUUCAGAAUUCAACUGUGGAGUUCAUUGCUUCCUCGGACUACAUGCUUCGUCCUCCUCAGCCUGCAGUCUACUUGUUUGUUUUAGACGUGUCUCACAAUGCAGUGGAAGCUGGAUAUUUGUCAGUUUUAUGCCAGUCAUUACUAGAAAACUUAGACAAGCUCCCUGGGGAUUCACGAACAAGGAUAGGAUUCAUGACUUUUGACAGCACUAUUCAUUUCUACAACUUACAAGAAGGCUUGUCACAGCCCCAAAUGUUGAUUGUGUCUGAUAUAGACGAUGUUUUUCUGCCCACACCGGAUAGUUUGCUUGUAAAUCUGCAUGAAAGUAAAGAGCUUAUAAAAGACUUACUCAACGCAUUGCCAAAUAUGUUCAUCAAUACCAGAGAAACACACAGUGCCCUCGGACCUGCACUUCAGGCUGCCUUCAAACUAAUGUCUCCCACGGGUGGCCGAGUGUCUGUGUUUCAGACACAGUUGCCUUCCCUGGGGGCAGGACUUCUGCAGUCCAGAGAAGAUCCAAAUCAGAGGUCGAGUACCAAGGUUGUGCACCAUCUUGGCCCUGCAACUGAUUUUUAUAAGAAACUUGCUUUGGAUUGCUCAGGACAGCAAACUGCAGUGGAUUUGUUCCUUCUAAGCUCACAGUAUUCUGACCUUGCUUCUUUGGCAUGCAUGUCCAAGUACUCUGCAGGGUGCAUAUUCUACUACCCAUCCUUCCACUCUGCUCACAACCCUUCGCAAGCAGAAAAGUUACAAAAAGACCUCAAACGGUACCUCACCAGGAAAAUUGGAUUUGAAGCUGUUAUGAGAAUAAGGUGUACUAAAGGUCUCUCAAUGCACACUUUCCACGGGAACUUCUUUGUCCGUUCCACUGACUUGCUGUCUCUUGCCAACAUCAAUCCUGAUGCUGGAUUUGCAGUGCAGCUGUCAAUUGAAGAGAGCCUGACAGACACUUCCUUAGUGUGCUUUCAGACAGCCCUGCUCUAUACGUCAAGCAAAGGUGAACGGAGAAUUAGAGUUCAUACACUCUGCUUGCCAGUGGUGAGUUCACUCGCAGACGUCUAUGCAGGAGUGGAUGUGCAAGCCGCCAUUUGCCUUCUGGCUAACAUGGCUGUGGAUCGCUCGGUGUCCUCAAGCUUGUCAGAUGCCAGGGAUGCCCUGGUGAACGCUGUGGUUGACCCCCUGUCUGCCUACAGCUCCGCAGUGUCAAGUGUGCCGCGCUCCGUGCUGACAGCACCCAGCUCCCUCAAGCUGCUCCCACUCUAUGUUUUGGCGCUUCUCAAACAGAAAGCAUUUAGAACAGGCACAAGCACACGCCUGGAUGAUCGUGUGUUUGCCAUGUGCCAGAUGAAGUCUCAGCCGCUUGUUCAUCUAAUGAAAACGAUUCAUCCCAACUUAUACAGGAUAGACAGGCUGACGGAUGAGGGUGCCAUACAUGUUAAUGACAGGGUAGUACCUCAGCCAUCACUUCAAAAACUGUCUGCAGAGAAGCUGACCAGAGAGGGGGCUUUCCUCAUGGACUGUGGCUCAGUCUUUUACAUCUGGAUUGGCAAAGGUUGUGACAAUAACUUUAUAGAGAAUGUGCUUGGGUACCCUGAUUUUGCAGCAAUACCACAGAAAAUGACACAUCUUCCAGAACUAGACACGCUAUCAUCAGAGAGAACUAGAUCCUUUAUAACGUGGCUUCGAGACAGCCGACCAUUAAGCCCAGUCCUUCACAUGGUCAAAGAUGAGAGUCCUGCCAAAACAGAGUUUUUCCAGCAUUUGAUUGAAGAUCGCACGGAGGCUGCAUUCUCUUACUAUGAGUUUCUGAUUCACAUUCAGCAGCAGAUUUUUAAGUGAAAUCCACAAAAGUGAGUCAGGACAGACGCUCCACAGCCAGGGAAAGCACCAUCCAUCAGAGAAGCACAGGAGACUUGACACGAGCUGUUGUUGGAAGACACGAUGCACAUCACUCUGUCUGAGGCUUGGGCCGGAGAUAGAGGGCAAGAGGGAGCAAGAGUCCCUCCCUCCGGACGACGCUGACCCACCCAGCGUGCCCGAGUUGGUUUCUACACACUUCCAGAAGUGCAGCAGUACAGUGCUCUUCUGAGAGCCUGCAGACUCGAGGACUGUGUGGAAUGACAUGUCAUAGUCUAAACUAGAUAAAGUCGUCUUCUUACAAUUAACAUUUCUGGACUUGAACUCUGACAAGAGAGGCCAAAGGGCAGCAGUACUGUGUCACUUGUUUGUAUGAAUUACUUUUUAACAGGAAUGAUUCAUAUUCAUGAAAUGAAUUCAACAUUUUCCCUGUAAAGGCACUAGAGUUUCAGUACAUGAGCUAUAGGAAAAAAUAUAUAUAAUGUACAUAAGUGUUACAUUUGUAAAGAAAAUAUAAAAUGUAACUAAGAACAUGAAUUGCUAAACUGUGCUACAUUGUUGGAUGACAACUCUUUGUCACAGCUAGGGAAUGAGGUUGACUAAUGCAUAUUAUGAAUUGAGUCCACAAAAGAAACACAAAACUCUUUGUAAUUCUGUUAAAUCUUUUAUGUGGAUUUAUUUAUGAUCAGCCUACUAAUUAAAAAUAUUUUGCUUGACA